UCAGCCACUUUGCCCUUUGCAGCAGUCAUUAAUUAUCCAAAUUUGUCAAUCAAAUUGGCAAACAACACAAAGUGAAUAUUAUAUUUGUCGAGGAAACCUUAAAACGUAAAAUACGCCAUUGUCAAUAGGAUGACUUAAUUAUAUACCUAGUGUCGACGAUUAACGUGCCUAUUUAUGUGUGAGCACAGAACCAAAGGGGAUAUAAGGGAUCACUGAACAGACUCGGUUGAACAGAUCCGCUGACUACCGUAAGCGUAAUCUCGCAUUAAGCUGCAACACCAAAACAAAAUAUAUGAGCGGUGUGCAGAAGUGAAGUCAGUGAAGAUGCAGCUAACUCACUGUUUCAAAGUAUCCUAUUUUUGGUUGAUAUUAGGUGGAGUUUGGUAUCCUCGAUCUCUAGAUAAUACUCGUAUGCUAUAUGCAGUUAAUAUUUACAGAGUAUUUGGAACAAUAUUUAUUAAUGUCGGGAUGUUAGCUAUUCAGUUCAUAUAUUUUUUUACGGUAGUUGGAAAGGACUUGGACAAAACCGUUGACGCCACAGCCCUGUUUACAUUUGUGGGAUACCUGUACAAAGCACUAACUAUAAUUAAAAAUCGACAAAGAAUCAACAAGCUUCUAGAUAUAGUUGAUAAUGAAACCGAUAAGGACGAUUUGUUACGAAAUAUGGCGGCAAAUAUAAACUUUGUGUCUUACUUGUACAAUGGGUGGGCUUGCCUGACGGCGAUUAUGUGGAACUUAAUUCCAUUUACAAAAGCUACGCUCACUUUACCAUUUUACUACCCCGAUUUGCCACCUUCAUCUCCUUGGUUUGUUAGAUGGUAUAUCUAUCAAGCUACAAUACUAAUAAUCAACGGGGUAGCCCAAACGAGCGCAGAUCAUCUGUUCGGAGGUCUAAUGGCAUUCGCGGCGACUCAGCUAAAACUACUUCAACACAAACUCGAGGCUAUCGGAACUAAAACCCACGACACAAUGGAAAUAGGAACAACAAGUCAAAGAGAGAAACUGGAGAGAAAGAGAGACUUUUCUACAGCUGAAGGAGAACAGGAAGAGUACGAGGAAACGAUUGCAUGUGUUGAAUAUCACUUAAGAAUAAUAUGGUUCGUCAACGAACUAACGGACAUCUUUGGUGGUGCCGCGUUUGGACAAUUUCUAUUGGCUGCACCGCUGAUCUGCUUAUCGAUGUUUAUUAUUAUGACCAGCAGUGAUGCGACAGAGAUAAUAACGAGGAUUUUAUAUUUUGGAUGCCUCUCAGGACAACUUUUUAUUUAUUGUUUCUGUGGGAAUCUAAUAAAAACUCAGAGCGACCUCGUGGCAACAGCAGCGUACAAUAGUGAUUGGACGUCCACAUCUGUGCGUACCCAGAAAGCUCUCCACCUACUCGUUAUCAGGGGCCAGAAAACUAUCUCUGUGGUGGCAGGCAAUCUAUUCGAACUAUCUCUGGUCACAUUUGGCGCGUUAUUAAAGUCAUCAUAUUCGCUUUUCGCAGUUUUGAGUAAACAGCGCGAUGAAUAAGAUAAUAAAUAUGUAUUCGUAAAUUAUCCCUACCCUUGGGAAAGUAGUGUAAACUAGUUAUAGCACUUGUAGCAGUUAGUUUGC